AGCGUUACAUGAAUAAGAAAUAUUCAUGUGGAGUAGACUGUUUUUUUAUCUCUUAAAAAAAAACGCUAUGUCAGCCGGGAAGAUUUAUUGGAUUUUUACCGUUGUUUUACAGCUGGGUUUCGGUUCCACAGGGAUUUAUGAGAAACUGUAUUAUAACCUGUUGACCGGUAGCCGGCAGAUGAACAACAUUUUGGACGUUCUGGACACUGUCCAAUCUAUCGAAGAGUGUACCUUUGUUUGCAGCUACAGGACCACAGCUUGUCGGGCUGUCAAUUUCAGCUCUAAGAGUAAAGUUUGUGAGCUUUUAACUUUCGUAGGAGAAAUGGCCAAUAUUACAAAUGACCCGUUUUUUUGGUGUCUGGUCUCAACUGAGAACUUGUAAGGACAGGCCAUGCCGUCACGGGGGACACUGUAUUGAGAAAACGCCUGAUCUACGUGACUCUAAUGGGUUUAGAUGUGACUGCGGGUUCGGGUUCAGUGGACCAACUUGUGAAAUGCCCAUUCCACCUUAUGUACCAUUCGGAAACUCUUUCUUCAAGUUGUCCGACUCUAAGAUGAUGUGGAAUCAGUCGAAAGCAGCAUGUGAGGAAGAAGGGGCUCAUCUAGCUGUAGUUCCCGACUCCGCCACCAACGACUUCCUGAAACACCUAAUCAACACCACGUACGAAGGUUUUCCAUCCAGUCAUUGGAUCGGCGUUAAACGUUUGAAAGAGUGUAACUAUACUACUAUCCAUGGGUUUACUGACUGGGCUCCGGGCCAACCUGUCUGUAACUACGACUGUGUCCACUUAUGGUCAGCCUCGAACUUGAUGUGGGACGACACUGACUGCAAGCAUCUGUUCAACUAUAUUUGUGAAAUCACAUUUUUUUAAUAUUAAGCUGGCUGUUCUAUCAUUUCAAAAGUGUAUGGUCGUCCUUCAAUCAGAAAAACAGA